AGGGGGUUUGUGGCUAUGUCAGAGAUCCUUCAAAGGCAGCAGGGCCAGGGAGCAGCUGCGUGGAAUGGAUUCGCUUUGGAGAAGUUUGUCGAGCUUUUGGCGUGGGUAGCUGCGGCUCUGAGGAAAAUACUGAUGUUUUCGGAUCUGCCCAGCGCUACCUUAAGAGAAGUUGUGCAUGCCGGCGUUGGAGGAAGCGGCCGGGGUGUGCGCUGGCCCCGGCCCAGGGCUCCGCUCCAGCCCGGCCUCCACACCCGCACCCGCAGGUGUCCGGACCUUCUCCUCCGAGCCGCCGGCGCUCCACACCUCCCGCAAAUGCUCAGCUUCUUCUGGCUGAGGUGUCUCUUAAAAAUGGUCAAGGGGAAUAUUAUAGUCUCUGAAGACAUCUUGAGCUUCUGUUGCAAUGGCCUCCAGGGCUCAACCUCUCCACCCCGUGCCCGGGAGCCAGGGGAGCAGGAGGAGGCUCUGGGGGCCAUGGCGAACCCCUCAGCUGCCCACAACCCCACCGAGGUGCAGAUGAGCCAGCUGGUGCUGCCCUGCCACACCAACCACCGCGGCGAGCUCAGCACUGGCCAGCUGCUCAAGUGGAUGGACACGGCCGCCUGCCUCUCCGCCGAGAGACACGCCGGCUGCCCGUGUGUCACAGCUUCCAUGGAUGACAUCUACUUUGAGCACACCAUUAGCCAGCCGCCUGUAAGCCCCGCUGGGCAGCGGGACGGGAGGAGCGGUGUCGGUGUCGGGCAAGUUGUCAACAUCAAAGCCAAAGUGAACCGAGCCUUUAACUCCAGCAUGGAGGUGGGCAUCCAGGUGAGCUACGAGGACCUGUGCAGCGGGAAGCACUGCAGCAUCUGCAAGGCGUACGCCACCUUCGUGGCACAGGGCCCCUUGGGCAGCAAGGUGCGGCUGAAGCCGCUGACCCCGCAGACGGAGGAGGAGAAGAUCGAGUACAGCAUCGCCGCCGAGCGCCGCCGCAUGCGCCUGGUCCACAAGGACACCCUCAAGGACCUUCUCACCAGCAGCCCCCGGGAAACCGAGCUGGAGACACGGGACGGCAGCGGGGCGGUGCCGGCGGAACGGACGCGGGUGGAGAGUGUGGAGCUGGUGCUGCCUCCACACGCCAACCACCAGGGCAACACCUUUGGUGGGCAGAUCAUGGCCUGGAUGGAGAACGUGGCCACCAUCGCAGCCAGCCGGCUGUGCCACGCUCACCCCACGCUGAGGGCCAUCGAGAUGUUCCACUUUCGGGGACCGUCGCAAGUUGGAGACCGCCUGGUGCUCAAAGCCAUCGUCAACAACGCCUUCAAAAACAGCAUGGAGGUGGGGGUCAGCGCCGAGGCCUACGGCCAGGAGAUGUCCGUCAGCCGCCGGCACAUCAACAGCGCCUUCAUGACCUUCGUGGUGCUGGACCAGGAGGGACAUCCCCGCACGCUGCCCAUGGUGGCACCCGAGCCAGGGGAUGGAGAAAGGAGAUACAGAGAAGCCAGUGCUAGGAAAAAAAUUCGGCUGGACCGAAAAUACGUCGUCUCCUGCAAACAGACUGAGGUGCCGCUCUCCGUGCCCUGGGACCAAAGCAACAAGGUUUAUCUGAGCUACAACAACGUCUCUGCGCUGAAGAUGCUCGUGGCCAAAGCGAACUGGGCGCUCGCCAGAGAAAAGGAAAAGGUGAGGAUGUACACGCUGGAGGAGGACAAGUUCCUGUCCUUCCGCAUCGAGAUGUCCGUCUGCAUCCCGGCCAGCCGAGCCUUCUCCCUGCUCUCCAACCUGCGGCGCCGGCACGAGUGGGACAGCCACUACGUGAGUGCAGAGCUUGUGCAGAAGGUCGAUGACGACGACAUGAUCUACCACGUGGUGAGCCAGAAGCUGAGGAACGAGAACAAACCGCAGGACUUCGUUAUCCUGGCGUCCCGGAGGAAGCCCUGCAGCAAGGGGGACCCCUACGUGGUGGCCUUUCGGUCGGUGACGCUGCCCACCCACCCUGCCAGAGACGAGUUCACGCGCGGGGAGACGCUCUGCUCCGGGUUCUGCAUUUGGCCAGAGUCAGAGGAGAUGAGCAAGGUGGCUUAUUACAACCAGGCUAUGCCGGGGUACCUCACCUACGUCACCACCAACGUGGCGGGACUGUCCUCCGACAUCUGCUCCACCUUCGAAGCCUGUGAGAAGUUCCUGCUGAAGAAUAAGGAGGACCUGAUCUCACGGCUGCAGGACUUCUAGAGCCAUGGUCCCCUGCUGACAGAUGGACAGACAGAUGAGGGACACUUCUGUGGUGGAAGGGAAUGUGGCAUGGUGGCACCCAGACCCUGCCUCCCUGAGGGCUUUGGUCCCAGGGGUUGGGGUGGAGGGGCAUUACUUUACCACCUCAUCCCUUGCACUAAUGUGUCAUACCUUUUCUUCUUUCUUUUUUAAAAUUUUAUUUAGAACUUUUAUAAGCUGAUGUACAGGACUUGGUUUUCCAGUUCACUUAACGCUACUUGAAUCUUUAUAUGAUCCAAAAUCUUCCCAAACCAGAUUAUUUUUUUCACUAGUUCUCAGUUGGGCAUCUCACUGGUUUCUUUUGAGGCAGCAAAGGGAGAAAGGGGGCAGUGAUGCAGGGUGGGUGCUGUACCCCUCCCUGGUGUAGGGGUGGCUGGUGGGACAUCCCACUCUCCCCAGUGCUGCUCCUUUUCCUGGGCAGGGCUGGCAAACAGCCCCUGCUCCUCCUGGGCUGAAAUCCCACCCCAUGGGGCUGUGGAAGGAGCAGCAAUAAAAGUGUUUUGAAAGGACAAACAUCCAUAUCUACUCUGGGUGUGUGUCUGCUCCGGGGGCUUGCCGUGUGGUGAGCUUGGAGAAGGGAUCCUGCACCCCCAGGUCACCUAGGGCUCAGGUGGAGGUGGGGUCCUUUGAGGCAGGAAUGUGCUGCAGGAAAGGGGUGGUGUUCCAUGCAAGUGGCUUCUGGGGACUGUCUGGGACUGCCCUCCUUGUCCUCCUCUGCUGGGUGCACCAACACCUUGACAUAUAAACCCCAAACUGCCUCAGAGGUGCUGAAAAAGGAAAAGACAGAGCCAAACCUUGCUCCCCUAAAUCUGCAAUGCUCUGGGAAAGGCACCAGAAUGAAGCAGGGGUGACAGUGGAAGUGGUACUCAUCAGGCACAGCCCAGGGGACAUCUGCCCUCAGCCACAGGCCUGUGGAGAGCCCCCUCCUUGGCUUCCCUGGGUCACACAGCCAGAGGUUUUCUGAUGGCAUUGAGGUUUCUGGAAGCCCUUAGGCACGCAGAGCUUUGGGCACAGCAGCUUUUACAGGUGCCAGCUGUGCCCUUGCCUCUGCCUGCAGAGCCCCGUGCUUAACCCCAAGGAUGGGUUUUGUAGAGCUUAACCAUGAGCAAGGAAUGGUAAUGCCAUCCUUGGGGUGAGGUGAGGCCAUGGGGUUCCAGAAAUGACCACAGGAUCUUUUCCAGGACCCCAGGUGUCCCUCUGCAAUACCCACCCAAAUUCCCCAUCCAAUUUAUAAGCAGAAGUGGCUCCCACCCCUGGGCUGGCUGUGGCCAUAAACCCUAAUCUCUGCUCUAUCUCCCAUCAUAAACAUCUCAGCUCAAGACCUGGCACGGCUGGGCCCCGACCUCCAAAAGAUAAAGCCAUUUUAGGCUGUACAUAGUCCAAAACAUUCAAUUUUUACAGAGCCCUCUUAUCUCCCAAAACUCAGAGCAAUGCUGCCUUUUUAUCACUGGGAUGAGAGCCAUCUUUUGGAGCCAUCCUUUCUACUUACCUUAGGAAUUGCUGCUGCUUGAUUAAGUGGAGGGGAUGAUGUAUUUGCCUGAACAUUAAACUUUAACUGACCUCUC